AUGAGUCCGCCCGCGCCACUGGAGGUUGAUAUGGUGGGGGUCACCGAUACCUCUGCUGUGCCUGUUCCGGAUCCUUUGACUGUCAAUGGUGUCCCGGCAUGGCGUGAAAAGAUGGGCCAAAUGCCUACUGGGGUUGCGGCGGCGUGCAGCAGCGAUAUGUUCAAAAGCCCGGCUUGCUAUUCCAAGCCGAAGGCUAAACGUUACGAUCAUUACUUCUCUCUUGAGGCUAAGUCUCGCAAGGCCUCUACGCUGAAGACCGCGGCGCAAUACCUUAAGAACCCUGGAAUGAUCUCCCUUGGUGGUGGCCUGCCUUCCGCCGAUUAUUUCCCUUUGGAGAGCCUCGACAUGAAGGUCCCCACGGCGCCCGGGUUCUCUCCGGAAGCUACCAAACAGAGCGGCACUACCCUGCACGCUGGAAAGCAUGAUAUCAAAGAAGGAAAAAGCCUUUAUGACCUUGAAAUUUCUCUCAAUUAUGGCCAAGCUACCGGAGCUGCCCAGCUUCUCCGAUUCGUCACUGAGCACACUGAGAUUAUCCACCACCCGCCUUAUUCAGACUGGCAGUGCACCCUGACUGCUGGUAGCACUUAUGCUUGGGACACCGCUCUCCGUCUCUUCUGCGAGCGUGGAGACUAUAUUAUGUUGGAGGAGUACACGUUCGCGAGUGCCGCCGAAACCGCUUGGCCCCUGGGUCUUAAGGCCGCGGCCAUUGCGAUUGAUGAGCAGGGUCUCAUUCCCGAGGCCAUGGAUGACCUGCUCAGCAACUGGGACGAAAAGACUCGCGGUGCUCGCAAGCCUUUCGUCCUGUACACUAUCCCUACCGGUCAGAACCCAACCGGAGCCACCCAAUCGGCCGAGCGCCGCAAGGCUGUAUACAAGGUCGCACAGAAGCACGAUGUCAUCAUCGUCGAGGAUGAGCCCUACUACUUCCUGCAAAUGCAGCCCUACGAAUUCAUCAAAUCCCUUGUCCCUUCGUUCCUAAGCCUUGACGUCGACGGCCGAGUGGUGCGAUUGGAGUCCUUUUCCAAGGUCGUCGCUCCCGGUAGCCGAGUCGGCUGGAUUGUCGCCUCUGAGCAGAUCAUAGAGCGUUUUGUUCGCAACUUCGAGGUUUCCUCGCAAAACCCCAGUGGUAUCUCCCAGCUGUUCCUCUACAAGCUGCUGGAUGAGCACUGGGGCCAUCUGGGCUAUCUGGACUGGCUCAUCAACCUGCGCCUGGAAUAUACCCACCGCCGUGACGCAUUGCUGCACUCGUGCGAGAAACACCUGCCUACCGAGAUUGCGCACUGGGCACCCCCGGCCGCGGGCAUGUUCCAUUGGAUCGAGAUCGACUGGAAGAAGCACCCCGGUGUCGCCGCAGGCAAAUCACGGGAGGAAAUCGAAGAAGAAAUCUUCCUUUCCGCCGUCGACCACAGUGUUCUCUUGUCCCGUGGUAGCUGGUUCAAGGCCGACAGCUCGGCCGUAAUGGAGAAGAUGUUCUUCCGUGCAACCUAUGCUGCUGCCUCAUCCGAGAAGAUCGACGAGGCCAUCUCGCGCUUUGCUGAGUGCCUGCGAGAUCAAUUCAAGCUGUAA